GCAUAGGUGAGCAAAUUGCGGGAGACUCUGAGGCAAAUGGAGAACAUGGACAGUAUGAACGGACAUCGGUGGUCACAAGAUCGUUAUGCCAUGGAUGAUCCUCGCAGGAAGUUAAACACAGAUGGGGAAAGGGAGGAAGGCGGAUGCUUUGAGGCCCAUCUGGCCAUGGGGAUGUCAUCGUCUCCUUCUAACAUUGACAGCAGGCUGCAAGCGGCGUCAUACCCCGACAGCUAUGGGACAGUCCCUGCUUGGAAUCACGAUCCAAUGGGUUAUGGUCGCCUGCCGUCUGUGAACUUUGGCCCGCCUCCACCCUCCCUCUUGUCAUCGAUAGUUGCGGGUUUGGCGCAAGGGGUGGAUCCGUUGCAAGGCAACUUUCCUGUCAUGUCAGGGCAGGUGCCGUAUCUUCAUCACCGCUUCCAGGACGCAGGCAAGGCAUCAUCGCACGCAGCGACGUACAUGGCUCCCGACACAAGCCGUUGUAUGGCUUCAGACCUCCACCAGAUCCAUCUCGUCCGGCAAGGCACUCCCCUUCCCGAUGAAUCGGCGAUGAUGCUACAUCCCCUGCGAUGUCUGCUCUUCCAAGUAGCGGAAAGUCGAGUAGAGGACGGAAGACAAAUCCCGGCAAACAAGUAUCGUCCGAUUCGGUGGCUGGUGAGCCUGGAGGAGAGUGAUGACAACACGGAAGGAGGGAAGCAGCAGAAGAGGAAUUGGUCUUCGGAAGAGCAGGUGGCCCUCGUGAGGUAUACGAGAGAGGACGACGCGAUGAUGGUCGCCUCCCCGCCGAGACAAAAACAUCAGCGGCGGUCGCUGAGGAACACCUGGGUGGUGAGGCGCAUGAAGGUCGACGAGUAUCACAGAUCGGCGGAAGACGUGCAAAAGAAAUGGGCUGAUCUGCAUAACAAGUACAGGCUACAGGGAGAUCAAGGACAAGUGCGGUGGGUCUGGGAAACCGGCAUUCUGGGACAGGUUGCAAGAGGAGAAGAAGAAGGAAGGAUUGACAUUCCUUUUCGAAGAGGAGUUGCGGGUGAGAUGGCAUGGGUAGAGGGGAAGAGGUCGACCAUGUACGACCAUACGAUGACUUUGUGGGGUCCAACAAGGGAGCCUUGGGCAGCGCACCGACAGAAGAUUCGGAAAGCGGCAAGAAGUCUCGCCGAACAGAGAAGGGGAAGGCUUCUGGGGACGAAGGCUGCGGUCAAAACUCUCAGAUGGGGUUCUCUAUGGAGGAGUCCACACACACUCUGUGUAACGGUAUCGGGAAUGCAGAGAGGACUCUCGCACGGGCUAGUAUAGAUGGUGCACAACAAGUGGUCACUCAAAUCGGAGUGGUGGCUAG